AUGAAGAAGCUCCAGGAAGCUCAACUACGAAAGCCCGUCACUCCAGACCUGCUGAUGACCCCCAGUGACCAGGGUGAUGUAGACCUGGAUGUGGACUUUGCCGCAGACCGGGGGAACUGGACAGGCAAACUGGACUUCCUGCUGUCCUGCAUUGGCUACUGUGUGGGCCUGGGGAACGUCUGGCGUUUCCCCUAUAGAGCCUACACCAACGGAGGAGGUGCCUUCCUCGUGCCCUACUUCCUCAUGCUGGCCAUCUGCGGCAUCCCUCUCUUCUUCCUCGAACUCUCUCUGGGCCAGUUCUCCAGCCUGGGACCCCUGGCCGUCUGGAAAAUCAGCCCCCUUUUCAAAGGUGCCGGCGCGGCCAUGCUGCUCAUUGUGGGCCUGGUGGCCAUCUACUACAAUAUGAUCAUCGCCUACGUCCUCUUCUACCUCUUCGCCUCCCUCACCAGCGACCUGCCCUGGGAGCACUGUGGCAACUGGUGGAACACAGACCUCUGCCUUGAGCACAGAGGCUCCAAGGAUGGCAACGGGGCCCUGCCCCUCAACCUCACCAGCACCGUCAGCCCCAGCGAGGAGUACUGGAGCCGCUACGUUCUCCACAUCCAAGGCAGCCAGGGCAUCGGCAGCCCCGGGGGGAUCCGCUGGAACCUCUGCCUCUGCCUGCUGCUCGCCUGGGUCAUCGUGUUCCUCUGUAUCCUCAAGGGUGUGAAGUCCUCAGGCAAGGUGGUGUAUUUCACGGCCACGUUCCCCUACCUCAUUCUGGUCAUGCUGCUGAUCCGCGGAGUCACUCUCCCAGGGGCCUGGAAGGGCAUCCAGUUCUAUCUCACCCCCCAGUUCCACUACCUGUUGUCUUCCAAGGUGUGGAUCGAAGCUGCCCUUCAGAUCUUCUACUCCCUGGGUGUGGGCUUCGGGGGUCUCCUCACCUUUGCCUCCUACAACACGUUUCACCAGAACAUCUAUCGAGACACCUUCAUCGUCACUCUGGGCAACGCCAUCACCAGCAUCCUGGCUGGCUUCGCCAUCUUCUCCGUGCUGGGCUACAUGUCUCAGGAGCUGGAUGUGCCUGUGGACCAAGUUGCCAAAGCAGGCCCCGGCCUGGCCUUUGUCGUCUACCCGCAGGCCAUGACCAUGCUGCCUCUGUCGCCCUUCUGGUCCUUUCUCUUCUUCUUCAUGCUGCUGACUCUCGGUUUGGACAGUCAGUUUGCCUUUCUGGAGACCAUUGUGACAGCUGUGACGGAUGAGUUCCCCUACUACCUGCGACCCAAGAAGGUCGUGUUCUCAGGGCUCAUCUGCGUGGCCAUGUACCUGAUGGGGCUGGUCCUCACCACUGACGGGGGCAUGUACUGGCUGGUCCUUCUAGACGAUUACAGCGCCAGCUUCGGCCUCAUGGUGGUGGUGAUCACCACAUGCCUCGCUGUCACCCGGGUGUACGGCAUCCAGAGGUUCUGCCGGGACAUCCAUAUGAUGCUGGGCUUCAAGCCGGGCCUCUACUUCAGGGCCUGCUGGCUGUUCCUGACCCCGGCCACCCUCCUGGCCCUGCUGGUGUAUAGCAUCGUCAAGUACCAACCCUCAGAGUACGGCACCUACCGCUUCCCAGCCUGGGCAGAGCUGCUGGGCAUCCUGAUGGGCCUGCUGUCCUGCCUCCUGAUCCCAGCCGGCAUGCUGGUGGCUGUGCUUCGAGAGGAGGGCUCACUCUGGGAGAGGCUCCAGCAGGCCAGCCGGCCCGCCAUGGACUGGGGCCCAUCGUUGGAGGAGAACCGGACAGGCAUGUACGUGGCCACGCUGGCAGGUAGCCAGUCGCCCAAGCCGCUGAUGGUGCACAUGCGCAAGUACGGGGGCAUUACCAGCUUCGAGAACACGGCCAUCGAGGUGGACCGAGAGAUUGCCGAGGAGGAGGAGUCUAUGAUGUGAGGCAGGAAGCGGGUGGACCGGAGGUCCUGCCCCAGUGCAAAGGCAGCUGCGACCUCUGGGGUUCUGGGAGGCCUGAGGCUGUGGGAGGUUGCCAUGGUGAUGCCAGUCCUCAA